AUGGCCUCCACUAACCCUUUCACCUCCUUCACCAUCACCCAGCCUUUCUUGGGCGCUCCUCUCAAUUUUGUUCCUGCUCUUGGUUCUCAAGAGCUUGAGCAAUUGGUCGAUGCCUACGUUCUGGGCAAUGCGUCCAAGCAGGAGAAGCUGUCCGAAGUCACCAUCGAUUUCUACAACCAUGCCACUGUCGACCUCAACACCGGCGCCUUGGUCAAAACCUACAAUGUCUUCGCCUUUGAGCAGUCCCCAUCCGAAUCCCAGUCCUCCUUCAGCCCUUCCAUGUAUACUCCUAGCCCUUCUGCUUCGAUGAACUUCGGCGAUUCUGCGUAUGGUUCUCUUAGCAUGACCCCUCCUGCGAGAAAAUCCGGAGGUAGAGUCAGCAAGAAGCCUGCGAAAAAGGAUGCCAAGAAGGUUGCUGAGGCCAGACUCCCAGGCUUCUCCAUCAUGACCAAGGACGGCAUUGAUGUGACUAGCACUGCUGGCCGUGGUACCAAGACCAAGGAGCAGAGAGAGCAUGCGCAUUUGAUGCGGAUCAUGAAGGCUUGCGACGCUUGCAAGAAGAAGAAGAUCCGAUGCGACCCAUCACAUAGCCGGCAAAGCAAUGAGAUGUCAAGAUCCUCGACAGUCUCGACUGGGCAGACCCUCUCAGGUAGUAGUGGUGGUAGUAAUAGUCGUGUGAACCCAAGUCCUACACUAUCUACACCAUCGUUAUCACAAGAAUCCUCAAUUCCAUCACAGAGCAACACUCCAUCCUACGGCGCGAUGGACGACUUCGUUCUGUUUCCUGAAGAUGGUUCCUCGUGGAAUCCAGCUGACAUGUCGAUUGCUGAGGAUGCCGAUUUGAGUCAAUUCAAUUUCGAUAUCAACCUCGAUAUUCCAAUGAACUCGGGUGAUUUCGAUUUCUCGAAUUUCGACUCGAUGCAGCAAGUCGACUUCAACCAACUCUCUUACCUGCCUGCCACCCCACAACUUGGGAUGGAUCAAUGGGCAGGCCUCCCAAGUUCACAUUCAAGACCGCAUCCAUCAUCUUUUACGCAAGAUGCUGGACAGCUAGAUGUGAACUCGCAAGACAGCUGGAUUAAUGCGCUUGCAGAUUCUAUCUAUAAUCGCAGGGCCCAGCCAUCUUCCUUCUCUCAGGAGUCGGGCGAAAGCUCGAUCUUCUCUACUGCCAACGUCUCCCCACAAACCGUUGGGACGCUUGCUGAUGAGAUUUGGCCUGAUGGUCCCGGCGAUUCAUUAUCAUCGUCUCAGUCCAAUAGCCAUGUGCGGCAACCAUUAUCGCAACGCUCGUUGGAUGAAGGAACUGGCUUAAGCGUACGCCAGGCAUCGUCCGAUCUAUCACCAAUGAAUGACAGUACGACGUCGACUUACUUAAGCCAUACUCAAUCACGAUCUGACGGCUCACCUACAGCCGUAAGCAACUACUCUCCUGCAGAGUGGAGCGGAGCUGGAUCACUCUCCAGCUCGAGAUCAUCUCUGCAAACUGACAACCACCAAUACUGGACCGAGUCAACUGAUAAAACGAGGCGUGGCCAUGAAAGCCUAGCUGCAGCUCUCGCGAGUAGGCAAUUGAGCAGUAGUAGUAGUAGCCAAGGCUAUGAUACAGAUAGGAUAGCUCACAGUACAGCUCAAGAAGAACGUCCAGCCACCCGCGCCUACACGGGUUUGCAACAUCGGGAAGGAAUACCCUCCCCGUCUCCGACAAGCCUACAAAAUCCCGCCCGACCGACAAGAAGCUCAUUAGGCUUCUCUAACGAUGUCUUUGGCCUUGCUAAUACCUGCACAAUUGUAUCAGAAUCGCUAAGAUCUGUCAAACAAGGACCAGCAGAAUGCCCAUCCCUUUCUGGCGAUCUUCAGAAACUUCGAACCGUACUUGUACAGUAUAACUCGGCGACGGUCAAUGCGAAUAUCCAGCGGGAUGAUGUUGGGAGAGAUACGGCCGAUCAAAUUUAUGCCUUUGGCCAACAACUCCAAAGGCUCUCAGCAACGCUCCGACAGUGUCAAGUCCAAGAUUCACCAUUGCCGCAAGGGUACCUUCCGCAAUGUCAACUCCAGAUACGGAAGUUGCUCCGCUCAUUAUGUGCAAGGAUCAACAGUCUCCAAACUCCAGGCACUGGAAGCCCCAGCGCUGGCGGCGACUUCUAUCAACCACUCAAUUCUGGCCGCAACUUGCAGCUCUUCGUUCCUUCUACCGAAGGACACGAUCGUGAUAGACACACUGAAUCAAGGGCCGCUUCUGGUAUUGAGUCACUGUACGAUGAUCACUUAAAUGCACAGGAUAGCGGUAGCACACCAACAAGACCUGAUUCUCAUGCCGUUCUCCUGCAAGAAGACGAGAAGCGAUAUGCCCUCGCGUUCUACAAAGAUGGAUACGAAGGAGCAUUUGCUCCAGGCGUAGACUCUGGAUUCGCCGUGACGUAUCCACACACACACUCACUUCUCACCAAGCAAGUUGAUUAUACUGUUGUGAAGGCACCUUCCGAUAGACUUUUGGAGGCUCAUGCAAAGCAGCUCACCGCUGCCCCGUCGCUACAGUAUGUUGGACGUUCCCGAGAUGAAUCACAGCUUGAAGUUCAUGAUGCAUUCUCGCGUGGUUCAAUUCCACGAACUACUGUCUCGAACGUGGGCGCUGUCGCUUCCGCUCCUGUACUCGAUGCCGUCUUGCAUUACAGCAAGGUCCUUGUGUGUGCAGUUGUGGCCUCGGCUCUCGUCGCACCUAUUACCCAGACCUCGGUCUCAAUGUUGCUAUCACUCUUCAUCCACGUCUCCGCCCUCUUGCUUUCCGCCCCACGACAAGUUCAACUCGCUGCAUUAGCUUGUCUCGCUGUCCUGGCUGUGUCGAAUACGAUACUCUUCAAGGACUUUCAAAAGGGAUGCCAGGAAUGGACUGAAGGCAGUUCAUUGGCUUCAAUCGCGAGAGUAGCAGUAUGUGCUGCGCUUGUGGCAAAUCCCCCUUCACUGUCUGGUGUGGCGACGAUGUUGUCACUACUCGGUGGUACGCAAAACGAUUGUUAUGGUGUAAACCUCGAAGUCGAUUCUCCAAGCUCCUAUUCAUCUCAAAAUAACCCAUCCAAAGAUUUGGAUCAUCUUGGACACAGAAGACCCCAAUGGCUUGCGAUGAUGGAUAAUCUUACUGCUAUUGCUCUGUGA